AUGAAUCUGAGAAGGAAGAUUGCGCUUAUGGGUAUCUUUGCCGUUGGUGUUUUUGUUAUCAUAACUAGCAUUAUUCGUCUUGUCGCCCUCUUUGCUAUUAAUACCGAGGAACUUACUUUCCCCCAAGUCGAAGGAGGAGUCUGGACUUACAUCGAAGAAGCCAUCGGCAUAACCUGCGGCAAUCUCGCUCUCCUCCAACCCCUCUUCCGACGUUUCUUCUCCAACAAAGAUUCUCGCUUCCCAGAUAGACGUUCCAUCCCCCCUUCAUACAGCUUUACCGCCACGGUCAAAUCCGGCUCUAACAACACCACCUCUGCAAAAAUCAUCCUUCCCUCUUCUCGGCUCGCUUCUAAAACUGGUCGCAUAUCAGGAUUGUACACGCGUAUGAGCGAAGAUCUCGGAUCGGCAGAUCGGUCCCGCAGGAGAAGUAUUGAGGGAAGCGAUAUGGAAGCAGGGAGUGAAGAUAUAGAAAUGCAGGAUCGGGGAUACUCGACGACGAAUUUGGAAGAUGAUAAGAUGAGAGAGGGUAUUUCUAUACUGGUGCAGAGGGAUGUGAUGGUUAAGAAGGGGAGGAGUAGAGAUGAUGAGAUGUAUAGGUUGAAGAGAGAUUUAUAG